CGUAUGGAGAUGGAUUUGUUUGCCACUCCAGAGAAGCAGAGGCAUCAUCCUUCAGCGAGCUUGGGGAAAACUCCAGUGAGAAGGAAGCUGAUUGUUGAUGAAGACAACGAGAUUGGGUCAGAGAAGAAAGGGCAAUCCAGAACUGCUGGAGGUGGGCUUCGCCAAUUCAGCGUCAUGGUUUGCCAGAAGCUAGAAGCCAAGAAGAUAACCACAUACAAGGAGGUUGCGGAUGAAAUCAUUUCAGAUUUUGCAACAAUUAAGCAAAACGCAGAGAAGCCUUUGAAUGACAAUGAGUAUAAUGAGAAGAACAUAAGGCGGAGAGUCUAUGAUGCACUCAAUGUGUUCAUGGCGUUGGAUAUUAUCGCAAGGGAUAAAAAGGAAAUCCGGUGGAAAGGGCUUCCCAUUACCUGCGAAAAGGAUGUGGAAGAAGUCAAGAUGGAUCGAAAUAAGGUUAUGAAAAGUGUGCAAAAGAAGGCUGCUUUUCUUAAAGAAUUAAGAGAAAAGGUCUCAAGUCUUGAGAGUCUUAUGUCGAGAAAUCAGGAGAUGGUUGUGAAGACUCAAGGCCCAGCAGAAGGGUUUACCUUACCAUUCAUUCUACUUGAGACAAAUCCUCACGCAGUAGUCGAAAUCGAGAUCUCUGAAGAUAUGCAACUUGUACACCUCGACUUCAAUAGCACGCCUUUCUCGGUCCAUGACGAUGCCUACAUAUUGAAACUGAUGCAAGAACGCAAGCUGCAACAAAACAGAUUUUCUUCUUCUUCUUCUACUCAUCAUCAGUCUCAACAUUCCUCUGCUCAUUCUUCCUCCAGCUCCUGCAUUGCUUCUGGAACCUCAGGCCCGGUUUGCUGGAACUCGGGAUCCGUUGAUGCUCGCUGA